UAUACGUAUACACGCAUAUAUAUAUACAUAUAUAUAUAUAUAUAUAUAUAUAUACACAUUUAUUAAGAGAAGAAAAACCGGCUGUGAAGCAAUCUCGCAAACUUUCAUAGUCCAUUCACUUGUACUCUAACAUAGCUACUGAAGUGUAUUACAACUGAUAAUAAUAAUAAUAAUAAUAAUAAUAAUAAUAAUCAUUAUUAUUAUUAUUAUUACGUAAUUAUCAUUGCUGUUGCUAUUCUUUGUACUUGCUGGGAUUAUUUUUUCUUGUCGUUAGUAAUUUAUAUAUUGAUAGACACGAAAACAAGAACGAUCUCCAACGCAGGCGGCGAAAUAGAUACAUCUAUAUAAUCGUACAUACAUACUUACAUACAUAUACGCGACACACAUAUAUAUAUAUACAUUGAUACAUUGCAUAUUGUAGACUGUGUUACCUGGAGAUAUCAAACGGUUGCUUAUUUAUUGCCGACGACAGCAAUAGCGAACAAGAUGAUAAUGGUGAAUAACAAAGGAGUUCCAACCAUGUUGUCUUACUGUUAUAUUUCUUUGAUAUUGCUCACAGUAUUAACGGCAAAAAUUACAUUUGCGCUUUCACCCCUCAUUUGCAAGGUAUCUUCGAACCAAACUUUGCUGCAAAAUGUCGCCGUGAGUGACAGUCAAGAUUUAGACAAAGUGAAAUUUGAAUUCCCAUUAAAUAAUCCCAGUAACCUUGAUGCACAUAUAUUCAUAUGUUUGAAGGAAAAUAGCCAGUCUUCAUCGCAGCCGUGUCUCUGGCAAGAACUGAGGAAAGUGGAAGUGACUUACAAAACGUCGUCUCUGACAGUUGUUGUGGAAAACGACGAAAAUAUUGAUUGCUCCAACAAUUGCCUCGUGAAGUGGGUAUUAAAGCCAAGAAACGGUAAUGCGGUGGAAUACGCUGGUUGCGAUCGAGUUAGUUCUUUCGAAUUCACGGCCACAUUCAGUGGUCAUAGCACAAUAUCAACAAGCUCUGCUACUACUACACCAGACUUGACAACGAUGAUCACCACAAGAGCAACUACCAUCCCAUCACCAGACGACUGUUAUCCCGUGGGAGUAUAUAAAACAGUCCCUGGGAUGAAACAAUGGUGUAUCACCCACUGCGGCGUCGGAUUUUGUCCGCCCACACACUGCAAGUGUGGGGGAAAUGGUAACGCCAAUACUUUGACUUGCAAAGUGACAAAGGUUUACGAAAAAGUUCCAGGAAUGAAACAGUGGUGUCUGACAACCUGCCGUGCCGGACAUUGCCCAUCGACGCACUGCAUAUGUAGCAGAGGUCCAACUCUUGGAUAACGUGCAACGUGAUAAACUCUUACAGAACUGUUCUUAAAAUGAUUGAAUUGUUACUGAACCAUCAAUUCAUUUUAAAAUAUCUGUAUUAUAUAUUUUUCUUUCAGAAACUACAUAUAUGCAUAUACAUUUCUAUAUUAUUGACAGUGUGAUACGAAAAAAAAAAACAUAAUUACUAUAUAUUUUUUCUAAUCAUGAGUUAAUGUAAAUUAUUGAAUCUUUAAUUAUUUUGUAAACAUUCCAUUUACACAAAGAACAUUCGAUUCCCUUGAUUGAUGCCGUCCAUCUUCCUUUUGUUUUACUUCUGAAAUUAUUUUAAUAGUAUUAUAUAAAAAAAAUAUUGUUAUUGGUUAAAAUGCCUAAAUGUCUGAAAUGAGAUGUUGUUUGGGCUAUAAGACCUGAUUAUAGUUUUAUCGAGUGAAGGCACCUGACCUAGUGGUUUGUGGGGUGGGGGUGAUUAAGGAUCGUAAGCUCGUGGGUUCGAUUCCUGAACAAUCGGACAGCGCGUUUAGAAAGGCACUGCAUUUCGCGUUGCUCCAGUCUGCUCGACUGUAAAUGAAUACGAACCACGUGCUGGUGCAACUCUCUCCUACCCCAGCUACAUUCUAGAUGUGCCGCUGAACCAAACGUAUAGGAACCAGGAAGCAUGCGACUACACAAGCUUUGAAAAAAAGAAUAAUUAGCAAAAGCGUCUACGUGUACCACGCUUUUACUAAUUGCUUCACGGGCCUAUAUAGUCGCUCCUGAUUGGCGGAUAGUUUUACUAUUCUUUUUGAUGUUGAUUGUUAAUCAGGGCGUGGCUAUUAAGCCCAUCCUUAAAGAGCAAAUACUUUCUAAUAUUAAAAGCACUACAUUUCGAUCGGUUUCAUUUUCAGUCAUCUUCAGGUAUCUUGUUCCUGUAUGUUUGCGCCCAUAGAAGCAGGGUUCGAACUACGGAUUUUUACUUCUAAAAUAGGAGCUAACGGCAUUAUCCACUUAUCCACUUCUGUAGAAUAUACAUACAGGAGCGGCUGUGUGUUAGGUAGGUUACUUACCAACCACCUAGUUCCGGGAUCAGUCCCACUGCGUGGCACUUUGGGCAAGUGUCUUCUACUAUAGCCUCAGGCCAACCAAAGCCUUGAGUGGAUUUGGUAGACGGAAACUGAAAGAAGCCCAUCAUAUAUAUAUAUAUAUAUAUAUGUAUGUAUGUAUGUGUGUGUGUGUGUGUGU